GUCUGGUCGCGGCAGAUCCUAACUCAGGUAAAAUUGACAAAGCAAGAACGAAGAACAGCAUAGCAGCAGCCAUUGCUGUUCGAGAAGAGAUAUGACGCCAAUUCAUGAUUGGACAUUUGGAAAGAAGAUGAUGGAAACAAGAACAUGGAGGACACAAAUCCCAAUCAGCAUAAUGCAGUGUAAGAAUUUCUUGAUAUGUUGUUCCAUGAACUUUAUGAGAAAUUUAAAUGACAAUCAAUAGAAGGAGACUUACAUGCAGCAGCCUAGAAUCGAAAUUUUAUAAACCUAAUUUCUAAUACCCUAAAACGUGUUUUGCUCUUGAGAAAUUGGGAGAAAAGUACAGCUAUGUCCAAGCUACUCUUCCCCGGAGGGGAGCUGUUCGGAAGAAGGCGUCGAGCUCCGGCGACUGAAAAUAUCCAUUCAUCGGCGGCGCCCUCUUCGCUCCUCCAACAUGCUUCUUCCUCGGCGGCGGCGGAGGACACGACACCGCCGGAGGUAUCUGAUACUCCUCGUUCUUCGGCGUCGUGCACCCUUGAUCUUGAUCCUCUUCCAUUUCCUCGACUGCUGCAAAAUGGCGAAGCUAAAUUAGGAAUGGCGAACAGGACCUGGCUUGGCUUAUAUACAGAAGGAAUUCGGAGCAGCAGCAGCCAUUAAUGAAGGGAUGGAUGUUUUUUGAAUUCCGUUCCAAAAAAUGGAGGGUAAUCGAAUGAAUUCUUAUUUUUUAUUUUAUUCUUUCAGAAGCCACUGGAGACUGCAGAGAGAAUCGAAGGGUGGGUUUCUGCAUCAAAUGCAAUGCAAAACGUGGAGCGGUGGAGGGGAACAGUUAUGGUGACAGUUAAGAAUGGGGUGGCACCGACUACUGCUGGCAGACGUGGCGGUGGCCCACCGCGUCGGUUCAAAUAGGGCGGCGCCGGAGUUUUGGAGGGAAAGGAAAUUUAGGGUGGCCCUGUUUGAAUCUCAGCCGUCCGAUUACGGAAUUUUGGAGGUUUGGUUGAUAUGUACAUCUCCUGAAAGAAAGUUUCAAGAAGGCCUUGUUAAUAUAUUUAGCCCAAAUUCUAUAAGGCCCAUUAAGCCCAAAUUGCUCUUGGCAGAUCGGAAUUCCAGGAGCUGCCAAAACAAUCCAUGUGUUCAAUUAGGAUGAUCACGGAGGGAGGGAGGGUCCAGCAGGUUUAGGCUUCAGAAAUUGGGGUUGGUUGCACCGUCAAAUUCUUAUGGAUGGAGACAGACAGGUCCACCGGCUCCAUUCCCAUCUUGCAGCAUGUGACUCUGCCUCCGGCAAGGAUGGCGGGAGGGGAAGGACGAAGAUGGAGAGGAGAGGAGAGGAGAGGAGAGGAGAUGUGGUUGGUAAUGGUUGGGUUGACUUUGGGUUUCCUAUACAAAAUCUCCCAUUCAUUCAUUAACUGCUGGGGUUGCGCUGAAACCUAAGCUUUCUUGUCCUCAUCUGCCCCCACAUAAUAAGUCAACCCAAGAACAAACAAGAAUCGAAACCUUCCCUCUUCUUGAAGCAACUCUAAUUUGGACUCUUCCGCAGGUACACGCGCCAUCACAGGGGGGACUGAGGACGAGCUAGUGAACGAACUUCUUGACAAUGAUUCGCCGUUUCUCAUGCUGCCCAAUGAGGGAAAUAUUAUGUCUACUUCGCAGCUUCCCUCACCAACUUAUUUCGAUCCAACUGUCGAAGCUAUAGAAAGCACGUUAUUGUAUAGCAGCAACUAUGGAAUCCGCAAUUUCAAUAGCGAUGUUAGAUCAGAAGCCCACAGGAUUUCGGUAUUGGGAAGUGGUUGCAAUUUAAACAAGACUAACCCCGAUCAGAACAGUAAAUAUACAUUGAGAAUCAAGAACUGCGGCAAUGUGAUGGCGGAUGAUGGGUAUAAAUGGAGAAAAUACGGCCAAAAAUCCAUCAAGAAUAGCCCGAAUCCCAGAAGCUACUACAGGUGCACGAAUCCGAGAUGCAGUGCCAAGAAGCAAGUCGAGCGAUCCACGGACGAUCCCGACACUCUCAUAAUCACCUACGAAGGUCUCCACCUCCACUUCACCUACCCACUCUUCUUACUCAACAACAACACUCACUCCCAUCCCGUAAAGAAACAAAAAGGGCUCGUAUCCGAAGCUCAUCCCAAAUCUCCAGCUCAGUCGGGAAACGAUCUCGAAGAAGCCGGCUACUCGAGUCCCAUCCCGCAAAUCGAAACAACUGAAGCGUUUGAAUCCGGUUUCAUGGACCAACAGGGACUUCUCGAAGACGUGGUGCCACUUAUGAUCCGUAAGCCUUUUAUCGAUGCUUCAUCCUCCGACUCUUCUACUUACGCCCCUCAUGAAUCUCACCCUUCUUCGCCUGCUUCUUCGAAUUCAUUUUCGUGGUCUUCUGGUUAUACGUAUUUAGGAUUUGUUUGAUUUUGCAUCGAAAUUAUCGAACCUUGGUAAUAGUACAAUGUUUUGCAUUAGUAUUGUCCAAAUAUAUGUAGGAAUGCAAUAAGCCAUAUAUAGUCGAAGGUUCUAAGCAUUUAGUGUUGUGUAUCUUUAUAGUGUGGUGUGAAACUUAUUUUUUUAGUACAGUUUGAGGUGGCGAUUAGGAUGCUGACUGGUCUUCACCAGCAAAUAGUUUGAAUUAAAUCAGGAUAUGAUUUGUAUUAUGUUACGUCAGAAUAAAUAUUAUAUUUGUAUUUGUAUUAUAUGAAUAUGAGAAAUAUCAUUAUAUAAAUUGUGAGGACUGUUAUUAUA